GCGGCUUUGUAGCCUGGGAGAAGCGAGAUGGGGGUGAAGCUGGAGGUGUUUCGGGGUCUGAAGAUGCUCCAGGGAUCUAACGGACGGAUGACACUCUACCUCACCUUCCCUGUGGCUAUGUUCUGGAUCGCCAAUCAGGCCGAAUGGUUUGAAGACUAUGUCAUACAGCGUAAGAGGGAGCUGUGGCCACCUGAGAGGGAAGACCAGGUAAGUAACAUACUCUUCUUCCCCCUAAAGGGACAGAGGUGCCUGGAUCCCUGUGGCCGUGAUGGGUUUGAAUGAAGAUUUUGCUCUCAGUCCUGAGGAAAGAAUUGGGAGCAGAGGGGUGUAUAGUUUCUUUUUUGCCCUUUUCCUGAAAGGUGAAGCUAAUCCCACUUGGACCCUCGCUGUAAUUGGUGCAGGGCUUCCAGCAUAGAUGCUGAACUCUGAGGCUGUUGCCUGGGGGAGUAAGGGGGUGAAGGGAAGGGGGUCCAGGCCCCUGAGGUGUGUGUC